GUGUACGCGGCGGCAGGACGAUUUCAUAGAUUUGCAAUGAUGGCUUCCUCCUGCGCUGCUUCGAGCUCCAGCGCCAAACGACCAGCUCCAGCUCCCGGAGACGCCCCUGCCCCAGGCGCUGCAACCACGCAGACCAUCGUUAUCAAAACCAUCGGGGGAUACGAAGUACAAAUUGAUGUCAACUCAGACGAGGUGCGAUUUGUCAAGGACCUGUACGAUGAUAAAAUCCUUUCCCACUCCGGUCUUUUCGAUCCGAAGACGCAGCUCGUGCCUCCGAAGGACCGGGUUUGGUUCGUGAAAGAAGUUUUCGGAGAGGCGGCCUCGGACAACGCGGACGAGCAGGGGGGUGCUGGGGAUCGCUCGCCAGAGAAAUUGCAACUGGACCACGACGAUACCGCAGCCGGAAGUCCAGACCGCAGGGACGAUGUGCGCAGUGCAACAUCCGGAAAUGUCGGCGACAACAAGCAUUCUACCAACACGGCGGAGAACGGUCAGGCUGCCAAGAGCGGCGUGACUGGUAAAGCGAGUUCCUUCGCCGAACUUCCGCACGACGAGGAGUUGGUGUACAGUUCACGGAACCAGAAAACGCCAACGACGGUUUACAUCCUCCUCGUGUCCAUGAACAAUCCACACACCGACGACGGUAAGCUGUUUGGGCGCAGAACUUUCGGGGUGUCGACCUUCACCGACGCAGGCCGCACAUUGGAGCGUAUGUGGAUUGCUACUCUAGCGCGUACGGAUGAUUACAAGCGCGGCCAACCUAGCGCAUUGGAAGAUGUGGUUUUGGGGGCGUACGGGACGCGCCAGCCGGCGAUAGACAAUUGGCUUUAUGAUCGGACGUACGACGAGUACCUGAACACUGCAAACUGUGCCACCGACCAGCAACCGCUACCUGAAAUCGACAAACGUCUCUUCGAGCUGGAGAAAAAAGCAGUUCGCCUUGUGUUGCCAGUGGAAAGCGGACUCACCGAGGAACUCUCUCCGGCUCACGCGAGUUGCCUGCGAAACAAUUGGAAGAUCAUUCGGCGGGUGCUGGCGCUGUCAGAUGACGCCUGGUUGGUUCAUGGAUGGCCGGUAGGACCCAAAGACAGCAACGCUGCUCCUGGUGUACGUCUGAAGACGAAAACUCGCAGACAAGCGUAUGCUGAGCGUGUCUUAGCCGCUUUCCUGUUCAGACCAGGUAUUGAAAAUAGGUACUAUAUUGGUCGUUUCUUAUCUUGAGUGUGAUCGUCUGAUUUGGAAGCAGGCAUCAGUCAUGGACUGCUUAGGUGCGAUCUUUGGAAAAUUUUUGAAUUUGCCUACUUGUUCAUCUCGUGAGAUAAAUCGUCGGAUGCAAAAAUUAAUAGGAAUUGAAUUGAUCUACACUACCAGGUUGGGUCUGUGACCUCCCUCACUACGACAGGAAAACCGUACCAUUCGAGCAGAGUCAGCUCUUCUUGGAGAUCAUCGAGCCAGCAUUGAAGCAGAUUGAGGACUGGCCGCUCGUGGACUUCAAACAGCUCUUUGUGUGGUGUUUCUACUGGGAACACUUCAGCAAUACCUAUCCCUAUGUCGGGCCAUUUGUUUGUUUCCACAGGUUAUCGACUGACCACCCGAACUUCCUGCUCGCAAAAACGCGGCUGACCAAAUUGUUUCGCAGUAUAGAAGAUAGCGACCGCGUGUGGGCGCAGUUACAGGAAGGCCUAGCGUACCGGCUUGCGGCGUGCCAUCGACUUUUGUUUCGCAUUGUCAAAAAUGGAUACGUCUGGAAGUUUAUCGACUUCGUGGACGCUGCCGUAGCCGAUGCCGGAUUUUCGCAGGACCGACUUGCGACCCUGCGGGCCUGGGUUGAUCGAGGGGAAAAGGACGUCCUGCAAAAGAAAGAGGAGUACCAAGAGGUGUACGACACGGCUACAAGGGCUACGUUGGGAACCCUUCGCCUGGAGGCUUUCAGCAAACCUUUGGAUGCGGGUACAACCGCACCGACAACAGGUAAUUAUGCUGUUGCAUGAUCCCCUGUUUUUCGAUUUAAGCAAGCUGCAAUCAUCAUUUAACUGCGUGAUGCACAUGGAAUAGUUUGUGACCGAUCCUUUUCUCAUCGAUCCACGCUACAGAUACUCCGUCGGGAAAAAAACCUUCAACCGUCGCCAUGGACUGAUAAAUGCGAAGUCAAACGGUUUAUUUUGGCAAAUCUUCAGUGGAGUGGAAGAAUAAGAAAAAGAGAACGGAAUUUUGGUUACCAGCCAGAGUCGAGAUAAUCACGAAUGAUGCUUCGUUUGUAGGAUCGAAUAAUACAUUGUUGUACGUGUACUUGUACAACAACCAGGAGUAGCCUCGUUUCUUAAUUCCCGAAGAAAAUCAAAAUCUUGUUUAUCAGAAAAUACUCUCAAUUUUGCAAUGGAAGUCAAACGCUGCAAGUACUGGUCGCCUAACUUUUUUGGUUGUCUCAGG